AACGUUUACUCUCGAAACUUCAUCAUCGUGAUGACCAAAAACAAACGUUCACUCCUUUUCUCUUCAGAUCAAUAUUUUAGCUAUCCAAUUGCCGCAAUGAAUGCCACUGCGGUGCCAUCUGACUCCUACCAGUGGCUACCAGCCACGGAUAGGGUCGGUGGAUUCGCUUACGGGCUCGUUGUCUCCUUUGGUAUACUUCUUCUAAUCACCACAAUCACCGUCGCUUCUUAUUGCUUAACUCGAAGCCAUAUCUUCGCAUCUUCCCCGAGGACAAUAACACGCCGGCCAAGACAAACCACUUUAACUUCACGAAAUGGCGAAGAACGGUUUCACUUCGACGGUGGUGAUCAAAACGACACCGUGGUGGUCGAAGUCUUAGGUCUAGACGACGAGGUUAUCAAGAGCUUCCCUAAGCUUCCUUACGAAGAGGCUCAUGUGAGUUAUAGCUUGCAAAAGGAUGCCACUGCGACGUCGUGUUGUUCAAUAUGUCUCGCGGACUACAAGAACACAGACAUGGUCAGGGUUUUACCGGAUUGUAACCAUUUGUUCCACGACAAGUGCGUUGACCCUUGGCUCAUGAUUCACCCCACAUGUCCCGUAUGCCGUACGUCUCCAUUGCCGUCUCCAGCGACGACACCUGUCGCCGACGCUGUUACCGGUCGAUAG